CCUUCUACACUUUCUGGCACCGCCCCCUUCCCUCUCCCACAGUUCCUGGCGUGACCCACGUUUCGUGUCGUUUAGACUUAAAAAUGCGUUACGUGGCCGCUUACCUCCUGGCUGUGCUCGGUGGAAACACCAGCCCCUCCGCUAAGGACAUCAAGGCCAUCUUGGGCAGCGUGGGCAUCGAGGCCGAUGACGAACGCUUGAACAAGGUCAUUACUGAGCUCAAUGGAAAAGAUCUCAAUGAAGUCAUGAACUCAGGCCUCUCUAAGUUAGCCUCUGUACCAGCAGGUGGUGCUACGGCGGCUCCGGCUGCUGCUGCCGCCGCUACCGGGGCCACCGGAGCUGGGGCUGCACCUGCUGCUGCGGAAGAGAAAAAGGAAGAGAAGAAAGAGGAAUCUGAAGAGUCAGACGAAGACAUGGGCUUCGGACUCUUUGAUUAAACUGCCCUCUCCGCGUUUAAAAAGCAAUAAAAAUGUAAAAGUUUACACAAA